CCCAACAAAGCCACCAUAGAGUUGCAAUGCAUAAGUUAUUUCCCAGAAUUGUAAGGCAAUGAGAGUUAUGACAGUUUGUAGUCGGCGCUCAACCCGCACGCCCUGCAUGGCUGUUGUUGUGUUGUCUGAGGGGGGUACCCAACCAGUGAGUCAUCUUGCGCUAGCUUCACCUAAGCAGACCCUUGCUUUACCCCAUAAGUUACCGCAUUGAUCGCUAAUUCUUAAAAUAUUUAACCAAACAACAUUUUCACUCAUGGUCUUAGCUAACGUUACCCCAUAGCUAUGUGUUGGUGUUUGGCCUCGAAAACUCAGUGAAGAUGUCUAGCUACGGUUAAAUAGCUAACGUUAGCCAGCUAACUUAGCUUGCUAAUUAGGUAGCUAGCUCCUUCUGUAACGUUGAGCUCGCUCAGUAUUCAGACAUUAUUGUAGUUAACUAGAGCAGUGCAGUCUAAGGGCACUGAAUAAUACUGCAUUUGACGUGAGCUCUAACAAGCUAGGUAGAUAGCCCUUCAACUUCCAGGCAGCUUUAGCCCCUCACUUCAAGGCAACUUUAGCGGGCACUUUGCAUGGAGACUAGAGUACAUGUUUGUAGAGUAGAGGGAACACACGAUGAUCGAUCAACUGUGUGUAUAGGGUAAACUAUGCUUUCCUGUUUGUUUUUGUACUUGACUCUUAACAUGUGAUAGCAUAUCAAUAGCCUAUACUUGGGUCAAUAUUGAAUGGUAUCUUGAGUAACUUGCACAUGCAUGAAUCAUAACCCCUUUUCCCGAUCAUAUUCAUGAACAGAAUGUGUUUUAUCGUCCUCCUCCAGCUUUAUUUCUGUCAUUGCAACAAUAUUUGACAAUAAUCUUUUGUUUUCCAUGGGAAGAAGAGGCAUACACUAAACCAUUGGGGCUGCUGUCUCCAAGCCUGAUAUCGACUUUCUUUGUUGACCAUGCCAAAUGCUUUGCCACCUGAUGAUUUGGGUGGGUGUAGUCUUCUCACACCCCUCAUCCUGAGUGAACCCCCUUGAUGCGCCCCUGUACACCCAAACACACACGCAUUCAAUCCACGCACCGGCGAUGACACACCAUCCCAACAACUCAGUUCGAGACCACAUGAAAUGGGCUGGGUUGCUGGGCUGUGAGGCGGUGCUGUCCAGCAUGGCCCUGAUGCAGGCCAACAACAUGUCUGGGGGACAAAAGAAGAUGUCACAGCACGACCAGGGCCAGAGGGACAUCAGCAACCCUGAGAGCCACCAGCAGCAGUCUCACCAAUCACACCACAACAAUCACCAGUCCCACCACAGCCACAUGGUCCUGCCCUUGGGAGUCAGCUGCCCACCCCUGUUUAUUAGAAAGGAUGGACACUCAUGUCACGCACCCAGGCUGCUGGAUGAGAAAGAUAUGCAGGCCAGCCAGAAUACACAACCGACAAAAAAGAAGCACAGAAAAUCAGCCACACCCAACAAGCUGAGAGAGAAAGUGGAGCAGGUGGAGAUGGAUAUUAACGGUGAUGAUCACAAUUCACAAGUACAGAAGAACUUUAUCUGUGAGCACUGCUAUGGAGCAUUCCGAAGUAGCUACCACCUGAAGCGGCACAUUCUCACUCAUACAGGGGAGAAGCCGUUUGCGUGUGACGUGUGUGACAUGCGGUUUAUUCAGCGAUACCACCUGGACAGACACAAGAGAGUUCACAGUGGAGAGAAGCCCUACCAGUGUGAUCGCUGCAAUCAGAGUUUCUCACGGACGGACCGACUGCUACGUCAUCGCCGUCUGUGUGGGGCGGGAAGGAGCAUUCCCAAGGAGGAGAACCAGUCAUUCUCCUGCGAGGGCAGAGGAGGAGCCUACUCCCAGGAUGCACCUGGGCACACGGCUGCCUGGAGCCCCCUACAGCAGCAGAGCAGCCGUCUGGCUGUCUGACCUUUAAACGCUGACCCUCUCACAGACAGCAGUGCUGCAUCCUCCCUCAGCCCAGAUAAACCUGGCUAAGACAAAGACAACAAACCUUAAGUUGUUCUCACCAACUAGCUCAUAUCCUGUUGAUGGGAUAGUGGAUUAUUUUCUACUUUUGUAAUAACUUUUUAAAUAAGUGUUGUAUUGUUACGUACAUGGUACUUAACAGAAGGGGAAGACGAGACCUCGGGUGGGGUGGGAGGAGUUUGGGCAAGCUGUCAUAUUACUACGGCAAUAAUGAAUUCAUUAACUGACAUGUUUUAGCCUCAAUUGGACAAGUGUUUUUUUUUUUGACUGGAGACUUAAGCUCUUUCCAGACAGUAAGAGAAAAUUCAGAGUGGAGUUCGGCGAAAUCGAGCAGAUUCCUAUUAUCUCCGUAAGGCAGCUUUCACGUGCACUGCUGACCUGCUCCGCCUGGAUAGAAUCCCCCUACCUACCUAGCUCCAUUGAAUGGGAAACUCCACCGCCACUUCCUGCCUGGAAAGCCCUUUAAUGUGAGGUUGGUCUGGUCAUACCAAUAUGAACAACUGGCUUUGCUUCUUCUUUUAUUUUUUUUAACCAUUUGAUUGUAUGUGUACGCUUACCAUUGGACAAUACUGAUCAGUAACCUAGGACACUCUUCCUGAUCCACUAGCAGCCUCAGUGGCCAAGCACAUCAUACUAUGGACAUUAUUAAGUAUUUGAAGGAAAAUGUUGAACACACAAAUCCUUGUGGCCUUGAACCACUCAGAUUCAUUCAAGUUGGUUCUGUUACUACUACUAGCUUAACAGUUCCUGGUUUGACUUGUUAGUGAAUGGCCGUAGCCUAAUAGACCUGUGUAACUAGCUGACCCUACCUUGAUAUUGAGAUCAUUGGGUAGUUGACACACUUCUUGUUCUCCAUUGUUAGUGUCAUUUACAUACAUCCAGUUCUUGUUAUGUUUGAGUCAAUUCUGUCUAAAGAUAUCUAACUUUCUAAUUUGCUACACUGGUCAGAAGUUUAACUCUAGAACCUCUCAUAGCUACCGUUUUGGGGAUAGUGACCAUGGAAAUGAAAUUACUCAUGUCCAUUCUAGUAUUCUAAGUGAUCUCGUGUUUUUUGUUGUUGUUGUGAAUAAUCAGGUGUCUUAUCUCAAAGGACAUCUGUGCAUGUAAGCCUAUUCUAUAUUCAUUCAGACUCUAUGAAGAGUAUCAAUAGGUAUUUUGUCUUUCGUUGUUAUCAAAUGUCCUGAGUAUGUCGAUCCAUCUUAUAUUUCUGGUGUUAUUUUAAAUAAGAAGAGGUAAUCUCAUGAAGCAGGACAGUUGACCUGCUCUGACCCAGUUUGUGAACAAAUGCUUCCUCUAUAAUAUCAUACCAUGUUGAUGUUUCUACAGUGAGCUCAGUGUUGUGACAGUUGUUGUUGUUUUCGCUCUGUACUCCAGCACGUUGGAUUGAAAUGAUACGAGGUUAAAGUUCAGACCGUCAGCUUUAGUUUCAUCCAAAUCGGGUGAGCCGUUAAAUAAUUACAGCAUUUUCUGGUCAUAGUCUCCCUGUUUUAGGGGUUCCAAAGUAUUGGGACAAAUUCACUUAUACAGUAUGUGUAUUAAAGUUAAGUAUUUGGUCCAAUAUUCAUAGCAUGUAAUGACUGCAUCAAGUUUGUGACUCUACACAUUUCUUGGAUGCAUUUGCUGUUUGUUUCAGAUUAUUUUGUAAUAGAAAUGAGUGGUAAAUAACUCAUUGUGUCAUUUGAGUCAGUUAUUGUAAAUUAUCAAGGAAUAUAAAAACAAGUCCAACGCUGGACCUCUACUGAAGGAAAGAUGUUUUUUUUGUGUGUUUUCAUAAUAAGAAAAUAAUGUUUCGAAACACCUACAUUGGUGUGGAUGCUACCAUGAUUACAGAUAAUCCUGAAUGAAUCGUGAUGAGUGAGAAAGUUAGAGGCACAAUCUAAAAUGACACUACAUUAUUUACCAUUAAUUUCUAUUGUGCACAAAAUAAUCUGAAACACAAGUUUGUAGAGUGACAAGUUUAACGUAGUCAUUAAGUGCUAGGAAUAUGGGACCAAACACUAAACUUCUUACUACUUUUAAUACACAAGGGAAUUUGUCCCAAUAAUUUUGGCCCCCUAAAAUGGGGAGACUAUUUACAAAAAGUGUUGCAAUUUCAAAAUGGUUCACCCGAUAUUGAUGAAAAAACCCUCAAAUAAAGCUGAUAGCCUAGUCUGCACUUUAACCUUAGUCAUUGUAUAAUUUCAAAUUCAAUGUGCUGGAGUAAAGAGCGAAAACAACAUGUCACUCCCAAUAAUUUGAGCUCACUUUAUUCACCUCUAGCAUCUAAAGUGAAGAUUACCAUUUCUGAAAUCCAAAUCGACCCCUACAACCUAGGCACUCCGGUAUAUCGGAGAGAAAUUCUAAUAUGGUAUUAAUGGUAAUACCAUCUUGUCUAAAUCCUCUCAGAUCUACAGGAAAUGGCUAAACAGUAGGUGCUAGGGGUCGGUUUAGAAUUCAGUAUAUUUCCACUCAGUAGACAUCCAUGGUAACAGAAGUUCCACUGGGGGGGUGUUUCUCUGACGUUUUUAUUGGAGCAUCUCCGGUUCCAUUAUGGGAGCCUGGUCCCACAUCAGUUUGUACUGGCUUGCCAACUCCUGUGGUCAUUGCCAUACCAAUGACCAUAGGAGUUGGCAAUACAGCACAAACAGAUCUGGGACCAAGCUAUCAUUGACAUUCUAUAUCUGUAAACACUGGAUUGAGGAAGCCCAAAAUAUAGGAGAUACAACAGUUCUGUAUAGACCGAGAAUCUUUUCUAUAGAGGACAAGUAUUUACUAUUGCAUCACGGUCAGAUUGUAAGUCGUGUCAAAGGAGUUUGUGGCCCUUUACAAAGACUAAAGCCAGUUAGUUUUGUACUGCUGAAUUUAAGUUAAUAUAUAUUUUAAAAUUCAAUUAGGAGUAGAGGCAGAACUGCCACUAGUGCCUGUCUACUGUAGCAGUCAUAAUUAACUUUUUAUUACUAGUAGUUUUGCAUGCAUCUGUGAUUGUCAAAAUGAAGGGAUAUUGUAUAAAUGUUUUUAGUACAAAUUGUUAAAAUAAAAUUAGUUUUUUAAAAGUAAAAUAACUUUGUCAUUAUCACAAUCCUAGUAAGGUUGUGAUAAAAUAAAGUUGACUCUGUAACAUUGUAGUGAAUGGAAAAACUAGGGCCUCAAGCUUUAAUAAACGUGUUUCUCUUUUUAAA